AUGACACAGCUGAAGGCGUCACACUUGCUCCCACCAAGACUGGCGUUGAUAGCUCUCACGCUCACCCUCGUGGCGCUCCCCUCGUUGCAGCUCUGUAGUGCCGAGGCGGGCAUGGCGGAUCUCGUGCUGGGGAAGGCGAGCAGUCCAGUGGAGCAGCUACAGCGGCACGACAUGCGCUGGCACGCUGCGACGCGUUCACGUGGUAGUACGGAGUGGAGUGACGUUGGCGAGGCGCACGUCAAUGCCCCCGCGGGGGAACGCGUGGUGACAGUCACCAUGGCGUCACAGCUUGGGUCAUUGCAGUGCGAAGAAUCGCGACGGAAUGUUGGUGGCCUUCGCCACGGGCGCUGCACACUGCAGCCCACCCCCGCUCUCCACGACGAUGUCUUCUUCAGCUAUCGCGUUUCGCUGAAGGGGGCAGCAGCAGAUGUGGGUGCUGCUGGCGCAGAUGGUGUGUCGCGCAGGGGCAAGCUCUACAAGGAAGGUAGUCAUGAGAACAGCGACGUGGAGGUGGGCACCGUCACUUUCAAGGAAGAUGGGCAUAACGAAAAGGCAGCAGAGGGGUUGAACGGGGCUAUUAUUCUGGAGUUUGACACGACAAAUGCAGCACACGAUCAGGUCGAGUGGCUGCCAGGGGCUCUGAGGCUCACUGGUCUCUCACUGAGCGAAGUGGAGGUGCGUGACUGGCGCAGGCGGGCUGCAACAACGAUGCUGGAGCGUUGGGGCUGCCCUGUGCUAGUGGUGGCCACACUGUGCGGCGUCCUCUUCUUUAUGGGGAAGGUGGCGAACCGCCAGGCGCCCACGGCUGUGAAACCCAAGCAGGCCUAA